AACGGGUCGCGCCUGCGACCUCGGCACACUGGCUGUGUGUGCGUCGCCGUCUGUACAUCGCAGGGCAGCUACCGACGACAUCGUCAUGACAACGAGCACCAUCUUCCUGCUGCUCGUCGCGGCAGCUUCGACUAUCGCAUUCACUCCACCUGAAGGAAGCUACAUCAGGGUCCGGAGGUCUCCUAGCGGCGCCUACUCUGGCUCCGGUUCCAUUUCCAGUUCCAGCUCCAGCUCGCAUUCCGGCGCAGGAGUUGGUGCGGUAGGAACUGGCCACCACGUGCCGGCGACAAAGAGCUACAAAGCGGCCGGCGGUUACCAAGGAACAGGCGUCGGUUACCAAUCAACAGGCGCUGGUUACCAGGGAGGCGGCGCAGGCUACCACGGAGGCGGCGCAGGUUACCAGGGAGGCAGCGCAGGUUACCAGGGAGGCAGCGCAGGUUACCAAGGAGGCAGCAGUGGUUACCAAGGAGCGGGCACGGGUUACCAAGGAGCGGGCACGGGCUACCAAGGAGGCGGCGGCUAUCAAGGAGGCGGACAGUACCCGUACUACCCGACGGUGCACACGGCGCCUGUGGCGCAGCCGUUCGACUUCGCGUCGCUGUUCCGGUACUUGCAGCAGCUGCAGGCCAUCGUCCAGCAGCAGCAGCGCCAGCAUCAGCUCGCUUUCAGCGGCUACGCGCCUGGGGAGGCGCCACGGCCGCACGGAGUCCACUCCUGGCACACCGCUAUCGCCGGCGACCCUUGGCGGAGGACGCCCUCCUUUGCCCACUCUAACGCUAUGUUCUUCAACAAAGGUUUUGGUGGCUACAGUGACCUAGACAGCAACGCCCUGGCUGAGCGGUUUGGAGCGGCGUCCGGUGGCGGCGCUGCCGGCGGCGCUUACAGCGGAAGCUUCUCUGGAUCCGGUUCCGGUUCUGGAGGCUUCGGAGCAGUUCCCGGCUUCGGUUCAGGAGGUUUUGGAGGAGGUGGUGCCGGUGGGCAGCCUUUCGUGUUCGGCAGCAGUGGGCCUGCAGGGUUUGGUGGACAGGGCUUCGGGGGCCAGCCUGGCUUCGGAGGCGGCUACUCGGGCUUCGGUGGCGGUGCCGGAGGCGGUGAUGGUACUGUGGGAGCUGCCGCUUCUGCUGCCAUAGGCCCUCAGGGAGGGUUCCAGAUGGCGAACCUGUUCCCUGACACGGGGCUGUCUUCCCGGUUCGGCGGCGACAUCUCUCCGCCAGCCGGUAACUCGUUCGGCGUGUUCACGUCCAGCUCCAGCGGCAGCAGCGACGUCAACGGCAAGAAGACCAGCUUCAAGACGGCCACCGUCGGCGUCAACGACAACGGAAAGGUCACCUACAAGACGGUGCACGACCCCUAGGUGGCAGUCAGCAAGUUUUUUGCGCGCAACCCGGCGUUACUCUCUUUGGAGCAGUCACGCCUCAGAGCUUUGGAACACAGUACCUUCAACAUCUACAGACACAUCUGAUGGCGCGCAGGAGAAAAUCCAUUUGUUAAAAUUAACGUUGUUGAAUAACUGAAUAUUUGUCAUUCACAUUCUUUGGCAUAAAUGUGACAACCAAUAGCUCUUUUAUCAAUUACAUAAGUACUUAAUUUUGGCAGUAUUCGUGUACCAUUUAUUAAUAAAAAUUAAAAGUGA